GUAGGUUGGUCAGGUAAUUGGCGUACCUUGUACCAGGUUGAAUUAUUUAAGUUGAAACACUCGACAGAUUACCGUGGCAAGCAAUUUUCAGAUGAGAAAGUGGAAAGGGAGUACCAAAAGUGGCUUCGGUUUGAUAUCAGUUGCAGCUGCCGUAUAUGGCCGUAACGGCUUGUCCCGUAUGGUUGUUACGGGUACUCACCGUACCGUGAACCGUACGGUACCUUGCAGUCUCGCACUCGCAACGGUACGGACCCGUAUCCGUGUGUGCCAUACGUAUCCACUGUAUUACGGAUACGGUGCACAUCCCUAG